AGGAGCUGAGCCAAUGACUCUUGGCUCCCCCACGUCGCCAAAACCAGGCGCUAGCGCUCAGUUUCUUCCUGGGUUCCUGAUGGGGGACUUACCUGCGCCGGUGACGCCACAACCACGAGCUUUAAGUGGCCCUUCAGUAGGUGUCAUGGAAAUGAGGUCUCCACUACUUGCAGGAGGAUCUCCCCCACAACCAGUAGUCCCUACACAUAAAGAUAAAAGUGGGGCUCCACCAGUUAGAAGCAUAUAUGAUGAAUUAUCUAGUCCUGGACUUGGAUCGACACCUCUAACCUCAAGAAGACCAGCCAGCUUUUCUUUAACACAGAGCCCACUGGUUGGAACUAUGACAUCAACUCCUGGAACAGCUUCAGCUAUGUUCAGUCCUGUAAGUAUUGGGCAGCCUAGGAAGACUACUCUAUCUCCUGCUCAGCUAGAUCCUUUUUAUACUCAGGGCGAUUCCCUGACUUCAGAAGAUCAACUUGAUGACACAUGGGUAACUGUGUUUGGAUUUCCUCAAGCAUCAGCUUCGUAUAUUCUUCUACAGUUUGCUCAGUAUGGAAACAUAUUAAAGCAUGUGAUGUCCAAUACAGGAAACUGGAUGCAUAUUCGGUACCAGUCUAAGCUUCAAGCCCGCAAAGCCUUAAGCAAAGAUGGAAGAAUUUUUGGUGAAUCUAUCAUGAUUGGUGUCAAGCCAUGUAUAGAUAAAAGUGUCAUGGAAAACUUCGAAAGAAGCUCUACAUCCUCAAUGCCUUCAGUUUUCACUCCACCUACAAAGUCUGUCAGCACACCAGUACAACCUGCAAAUAAUACCACAAGGAUUUCUACAAUGAGACCUCUUGCAACAGCGUAUAAAGCUUCCAGUAGUGACUAUCAGGUUGUUUCUGACAGACAGACUCCUAGGAAAGAUGAAAGUAUUGUAUCUAAAGCAAUGGAAUAUGUGUUUGGCUGGUAAUAUACAAGAGGAAGUAACACACUAAGUUGGUCAGGGUUUGAAAUAAUGCUACUGGCAUCUGUGGUUAGUUGUAUAACUACUGGUGACAGUAUUUUAACUUCCAUCUCACCUGUUAUGCCUUCAGUCAAUUCAGCAGAAAUGUAGCUUGCACUUUAAAUGAUGGCAAUGUACACAAGGUUUUAAAAACUGAGUAAGUGUAAAUACAAGUGCUUUUUUCCCCAUUUGUGCUCUGAUUG